UCUAGGUUUUCUCAUCUUUUCUGUGAGUUUCACCAUGUGUAGUCUUUACUGACAACUGUGGUUUAAUCAAUUAGUUACAGAGAAGAAUCAUUAACUAGGAGACGAUGUCAAAUCUCAAAAUGAAAGACGCUGCCCUUAUCUAUCUUGACAGAAGUGGAGGCCUCCAAAAGUUUAUAAAUGAUUGCAAGUACUAUAAUGAUUCAAAACAAAGCUAUGCUGUCUAUCGAUUCAAUAUUUUAAUAAAUCCUUCUGAUAUUGUUGAAUUAGAUGCUGAACUUGGAAAUCUCAUUUUACACCAGCCUUUAAAAGCUGCUCAAGUUUUUCAAUCAGUUUGUUUUAUUGCUGUUAAGACUCUCUCAUUAAUUGGACAAUUGCAGACUGAAAUGCAAAUUAAUAUAGUGCUGAAGUUAACACAUUUACCUCCCUUGCCAAGUUACAGUCUUGAUCUUUGUGAGUUUCCAAUUGAUUAUAUAUCUCAGAGAUUUUAUAUGAUGCAAGGGAUUGUGAUUGCAAUGACAACUGUAACCAAGUAUACACAAGGCGCAAGAUUCUUUUGUUCAGAUGAAGCAUGCCCUCUUUCAAAAGGAUUUCACUAUGUGAGAGUGCAUGUGCCUGGUGCUACAGAAUCUGCAACAAUAAGAAAUGACUUUUUGUGUAAUCUAUGUACAUCUUCACUUCAAGAAGACAGAAAAUUUAGAGUGCUUGGUGAUAAACAGAUAGUUGAAAUAAUUACCACAAAGGCACUUCAUGCUUUUCAGAGAUAUUCUAACAACCAGCCAUUUAGGUUUCAGUCUAUUACAGUUUUCCUAAGAGAUGAAUCAGUGAAUAAAAUGAAUAUAGGAAAUGAAUAUAAAAUUAUUGGAAUUCCAGUCUGUGUAAAGACCUCACAAACUGCUGUCUGUAUAGAAGCAAAUAGAAUAACUUUUUGUAAUUCAAAAGUUCCUUCAGGAAUUAGUGACAACUUAAGAUGGCUCCUCUCCUUGACUUCCAGUUCAUGCUGGAAGUUUACAGCAAUCCUUACCAAUGUCUUUGCAUCACACAUUGUUCCUCCUGGGACUUACAAUUUGCUCAAGCUCUGUUUGUUGAUGAGUCUAGUACAGACAACUGACUGUAACAAGGAAAUGAAAAAUUGCCUGGAUAUCUUAAUUAUAACAAGUGAUACUUUACUUGUAGACAGGCUUUUGAAUUUUAGCAUAAGUCUUGUUCCUCGUGGUAUACGCCAUCUGGCCUCUACUGAAGUUUUUCCUACUAUAUCCAGGAAUAAGUAUGGAACUGGAGUGGUAAGCAUUCAAGCUGGCAGUGCUUUGCUAGCUAAAGGUGGUAUCUGCUGUAUAGGAGACUUGGCUUCCCACAAAAAAGAUAAACUUGAACAGCUUCAAUCAGUUCUGGAGAGCAGAAGGAUUACAGUAUACAUCCCAGGAAAGAAGUUUGGGGAUGAUGUCAAUCAACAAAUGACUUUUCCAGUUCAGUGCAGUUUUUGGUCUUUUGUUGAUAUGGAUUCAUCUUCAAGGAGAAAUGUACAGAAAACCAACACUCUAAUUGGCCAGAUGGAUUGCAGUUUGAUUCCAGCUAACCUUGUGGAGGCAUUUGGAUUAUUAAUUAACUGCUAUGAAUCAUCUCCUUGCCACCCACUUCUUCCUAUUGUGCAACAUACUUUAAAGAAAGCCACUGAUCCAGAAGGGUUGCUUUCUGUCACUUCUAAACAGUUCACAACUGAAGAUUUUGAAGAGCUACUGGCUUUUGCAAAGAAUUUGAAUGUAGAAUUCAGCUUGGAAGCAGAAAGAAUGAUUCAUGGCUAUUAUCUAGCAAGUCGCAGAAUCAGAACAGACUCUAUAUAUGGAUCAAAACUGUCAGCAUCUGCAUUAAAAUAUCUAAUUUCUCUAUCUGAAGCCCAUGCUCGACUGAACUUAAGGAACAAAGUACUUAAAGAAGAUGUACUAAUUGCAGCUUUAUUGUUUGAAACAUCUCUCACACUGAAAUAUGGGGCCACUGUAUUUUGUGUUGCUCCAAAUGCAGUAUUUCCAUUUGAACUGCAUAAUGAAGAGUACUUGGAGCAAAGGGAUCUCUACCUGACUCAGUGCCAACAACAGCUGGAACAAUUUAUUGCUACUUACGGACCUGGGACAGCUGUUUUCUCUAGCGAUGAAUAAUUAGAAUGUUUGCUUUAUUCCUACUUAAGCAGUGGAAAAAUGUGUUUGAGUGGUUUGAAAUAAUGAUUCAGGUAAUACUGUGUAUAGAA